GUCAACACAUAUCAAUCAUACGCCGAGUGUGUCCAAUUAGCGACUGCUGCAGGUGUUUGCUCUGUUCUUCGGCCAGACUCUCCAAAUUUAAUUACACGCCAUGUGAUCCAUGAAGAGUGCUGCAAUCACAAGAAGAGAACAAAUCUCCAGUCAUCGCAGAAUCAUUAUAAUAGAGCAGGCCCUGCCGUCAAAGUACAAAAAAAAUAAUAAGAAUCGUUCAAGUUUUACUCCGAUCGGAUCUGCGAACUGGAUAUCUUUUAGCAUAGCAUAGCAGCUAAUUAUACAAACUAAUCUAUAUAAAUAUCGAUUCGAGAACCUUCUGCCGAACGAGUUCCGGUUCGAGUUGGCUAGUUGCCAGUUGCAGAGCCAGAAUGACGACCUACAUGAAGAUUGUCGAGGAGCGCAUCUCCGGUCUCUCAAAGGGAGUGGAUGAGACGGUGGACAGCUGGUUCCUGAUGAGCUCCCCUGCCCCCGUGGUGGGCGUGGUCCUGGUCUACCUGGCCUUCGUGCUGAAGAUCGGACCCGAGUACAUGAAGAACCGCAAGCCCAUGGACCUCAAGCGCAUCAUGGUCUUCUAUAAUGCCUUUCAGGUCUUGUACUCCAUUUGGAUGUGCCGCACGUCCAUCCAAGAGAGCAAUGUGAUGGCCUCGAUCUUCUCAAAGAAGUGCGAAAUCAACCGCACCAGGGAGCAGAAUCUGACCCUCUACUCCGGCGCCUGGUUCUACUUCUUCUCGAAGAUCAUUGAUCUCCUGGACACGACGUUCUUUGUGCUGCGCAAGAAGGACAACCAGGUGUCCUUCCUGCACGUCUACCAUCACACGAUCACGGUGCUCUUCUCCUGGGGCUACCUGAAGUACGCUCCCGGGGAGCAGGGCGUGAUCAUUGGAAUCCUCAACUCCGGAGUGCACAUCAUCAUGUACUUCUACUACAUGGUGGCCGCAAUGGGACCCCAGUACCAAAAGUACCUGUGGUGGAAGAAGUACAUGACCAGCAUCCAGCUGAUCCAGUUCGUCCUCAUCCUGGGCUACAUGCUGACCGUGGGCGCCAAGGGCUGCAACAUGCCCAAGACGCUGACCUUCUUCUUCGUGGGCAACACCAUCAUCUUCCUGUACCUGUUCGGCAACUUCUACCGCAAGACCUACAAGAAGGCCAAGAGUCUGGAUGGCGGCAGUCGCACCACCGGCAGCAGUUUGGCCCAAUCCGCCCUGAGGGCCGCCGGGGGAAUGGGUUGCAUGCCCCAGACUAUGAACGUCGGAAAGCACAUCCUGCAGAACGGACAGUCUGGAAAGGCCUAUCUCGAUCUGAACAACAACAGCGUGAAGCCAAUGAAGCUGGAAUGAGAGAGCGAUACUACCUGGUAUCAUUGGGUUUUCAGUUAUUUAGCAAUUACGUCCUUUAGCGCGGGGUUUAGUUCGUAACUCUUAUCUUUACCUGUAUCAUUUAUCUGUAGUCUGCGGAGAAUAACUUGUAUAAUGUUUAUAUGCCGGGCAGGCGACGAUUCAAACCCAAAAAGUAGCUAGAACCCUAAGUGUGUGAAUGUGGCCAAGUUUGACUGAGUACGUGUUAAUGUUUUUCUAGCUGAGUGUGUGUGUGUGCUAGAGCUUAUUAAUGAAAUGCAGCCGUAAAUCGUUUCUCGAAACAAGAAGAAUUCAAUAAAACUUUAAUUUUGUAUAUUUAAUAAAAA